AUAACAACUUGAUCAUGCCGGCGGAAUUAAUUACGUUCGGCGCACGCGAAACGCGAAUAAUAGCGUUAGACCAAACGCGGCGAGUCUUUUGACUUGUAGACGCGAGAGCUUGAUUUCAUCGUUUUAUCGAGUAUUGUCAUUCCGACGCUGUUUUGCAGAAAACUCAUUCCAAGCAACAUUUCGCGCUUGGAAUGGCGAGUAGCCCAGGCAAGACUUUCUUCUGUUAUUAAAUAGUUGACGAGUUGACAGUGCACACACAAGCCCAGCAAAAAGUUCCAACUGUCGUUCGCAAUUGAGUAAUCCAUUGACGCUAUUAAGCCAAUAAUAAUUCUUCAAUGCUAAUAGCUCGACAGCUUUCGGCUUCGCUGUUGAAUAAUGUGGUUCGUGCCCAUUAAAGUCUGUGAAUGGCGACAGUGUCAAUAUCGAUUUCUUCAUAUAUCUUAGCGCGGAUUAAUAAUUUGGAGAAACUGUUUCCACGUUGACACGCGCAAACUAUAACGGAACGAUGCUCGCGAGCCUCUUCAUCUGGACACUGUGCAGCGUCGUCGCCGUGCGUGCCGACAACUUCGAGGACGACCUGUAUUGGAGGAUCCAAAAUGGACAGGACGCCAACGAGAGGGAGAUACCAUAUGUGGUAUCUAUCCAGAGCGUGAAAAAGUCGGAGCACUUCUGCGGCGGCUCGAUCCUCUUGACGAAUUGGGUUCUCACCGCGGCGCACUGUGUCCUAAGGGACCGGGUCGAUGUGUACCCUCAUCAAAUUCAGGUGACCACCGGCAUCAUAAAUACCGCGCCGAGGAGUGUCCACCGAGUAUCGAGGAUACGCCAUCACGAGGAGUACGCGAGAAACGAUUCAGCCAUAAACGACAUCGCCCUUCUGAAGAUCACGCCGCCGUUCGUCUACAACGAGUUCGUCGCGCCCAUCAGGCUGCCCUAUCCUCACUUGUUCAUUCCCGCGGGUACGAGCGGCGUCGUGGCUGGCUGGGGCUCUACGUCGUACCCGAAGCUGAAUAUGCCGUCGCGGCUGCAGAAGCUCGACGUGACGAUCACCAGCGAGAACUUCUGCAAGGAGGCCUACAUGAUGCUGCUCCGGAACAUUUAUACCGUGCAUCUGUGCACCUUCGAGACUACCGACGUUUGGGCGGGCAGUUGUACGGGUGAUUCGGGCAGUCCAUUGACCGUCAACAAUGAUGUUCUCGUUGGAAUUGUCUCGUGGUCACGUAAAAAGGGCAGGUGCGGCAGUCAUCCGAACGUCUACACGAGAGUCUCCGAAUUCAUCGAUUGGAUCUUGGAAACUGUGUUCGAAUAAGAAGGAAAAUCGGCCAAUAAACGUCCUUAUCAGGAGCGUCAAUACACGAGUGAUCUAA